AUGAUCAGAGAGCCUCAACAACCUCAUGAUGCUGACGAGGCAGAGAAGAGUCUCUCCACAUCAGAACACCUCAAGAAACACCAGUGGAGACCCACAGAGAAGAGUACUCACUGCUGCUCUGACUGUGGGAAAUGUUGCAAAUCUUCAUCAAAACUUAAAAUACACCAGAGAGCACACACAGGAGAGAAGCCUUAUAGCUGUGGUCAAUGUGGGAAGAGUUUCACUACGUCAAGCCAUCUGAUUCGACACCAGAGAACACACACAGGAGAGAAGCCUUACAGCUGUGAUCAAUGUGGGAAGAGUUUUCCUACAUCUAGACAGCUGACUUCACACCAGAGAACACACUCAGGAGAGAGACCUUAUAGCUGUGGUCAAUGUGGGAAGAGUUUUGUUCGAUCUGGCCAUUUAAAAUUACACCAGAGAACACACACAGGAGAGAAAUAUUUUAGCUGUGACCAAUGUGGGAAGAGUUUUACUACAUCUAGCCAGCUGAAGAUACACCAGAGAACACACACAGGAGAGAAACCUUUUAGCUGUGGUCAAUGUGGGAAGAGUUUUACUACAUCUAGCCAGCUGAAGAUACACCAGAGAACACACACAGGAGAGAAACCUUAUAGCUGUGUUCUUUGUGGGAAGAGUUUUAUUCGAUCUUGCCAUUUGACAUUACACCAGAGAACACACACAGGAGAGAAACCUUUUAGCUGUGGUCAAUGUGGGAAGAGUUUUACUACAUCUAGCCAUCUGAAGAUACACCAGAGAACACACACAGGAGAGAAACCUUUUAGCUGUGGUCAAUGUGGGAAGAAUUUCACUACAUCUAGCGAUCUGACAGUGCACUGGAGAAUACACACAGGAGAGAAACCUUAUAGCUGUGAUCUAUGUGGGAAGAGUUUUGCUCGAUCUGGCCAUUUGAUAUUCCACCAGAGAACACACACAGGAGAGAAACCUUUUAGCUGUGACCAAUGUGGGCAGAGUUUUACUAGAUAUAGCCAUCUGAUUGUACACCAGAGAACACACACAGGAGAGAAACCUUAUAGCUGUGAUCUAUGUGGGAAGAGUUUUACUACAUCUAGCGAUCUGACAGUGCACUGGAGAAUACACACAGGAGAGAAACCGUUUAGCUGUGGUCUAUGUGGGAAGAGUUUUACUACA